GUGCGCUGUGCACUCUCGCACAAACUGCUCGCAAAGUGGCAGUUGAGGAAAAUAGACAGCAUUCUAAAGCGCAGCACUAUCGAGAAUAGUCGCCGUGUAACAUCUUCCCAAACCUUCUCUGUCUCCUGGUUUUGGAAUAACAAACAUUGUAAAGACAAAGUGGAAUAGCCUACCGACAAGUUAUGGAUGAAAGAAUACCGCGUCUGCAAGACAGACAAUUUACUGAUCAUGAACAUUUUUUAGGGUUGGAAUACUCCUCACUCUACAUGUGUAAAUCUAAAAGAGGACUGAAGCGCGAAGAUGGCAAGGACGCGUACAAGUUACCACACCGAUUGAUAGAGAAGAAGAGGAGAGACAGAAUCAAUGAAUGUAUCGGACAGCUGAAGGAUUUGUUACCCGAACAUCUCAAAUUGACGACGCUCGGGCAUUUGGAGAAAGCGGUUGUUCUCGAGUUAACUUUGAAGCAUUUAAACGCUUUGACUGCAGUCACUGAGCAACAACACCAGAAGAUUAUUGCUUUGCAGAAUGGGGAUCGAUCGAUGAAGACGUCCGUUCACGCUGAUUUGGAUGCGUUCCACUCCGGGUUCCAAGCAUGUGCCAAAGAGGUCCUGCAGUACCUCAACAAGUUCGAGAACUGGAAUACGCGCGAGCAGCGGUGCGCGCAGCUCAUCAACCACUUGCACAAAGUAUCUGCGCAAUUUCAGCCCAGUGCGCCACUGCUCCAUUCCCAGCAACCUGCCGGAGACGUGCUGGAGCGCGAUGGCCAGAAAGCUGAAAUCCAAGCCGGACAUGACCGCGUAUCGGUCAUACAGAGGAGCCACGGGGAGCUUAACGAGAAUGACACAGACACAGACAGUGGAUACGGGGGUGAGGCGGAAAAGACCGAUGGGAAUAAAGGAUGUGACCGUAGCAAAGCAGUGAAGAUAAAGCAGGAGUUCGGGGAUGAACGCGCAGCCAAAAAAACGAAGAUGAACUGGGCUGGAAACGGUACGACGGGCGCAGACACGACCACCAGACCUGAUCUGGCCUUUAUGAACUCUUUGAUGGGAAUAACUGGCGUGGGACAGCAGACUCCAUUUUGCAUGCCUUUUUACUUCAUCAAUCCCUCUGCAGCAGCGACCUACAUGCCGCUAUUCGACAAAAGUAACCUAGAGAAGUUUGUGUACCCUGCUGCGGCAGCAGCAGCUCUCUCAGCCCCGUUUCCAUGGUUAUACCCCGGCCUUAACUCACACGCUUCGGCAACUGCAGCGGCUGCCGCAGGUGCUUUCUCCGGCAUGUCGACAGAGAAGAGCUCUGGAUUCGGUUCCAACUCCAAGCACUCUCUCUCUGACGACAGUGACAUGUCAAACGUGGAGCCUGGCUCACCUGAGGAGAGGGAGGACAACCCUGAGAAUGAUGUUGAUUAUGAUGAUGAUGAUGUUGAUGAUGAUGAUGAUGAUGAUGAUGAUGAUGAUGGUAUUAGGGAACGACUCCCCAGACAAUGAAAAUGACUGUACAUAAUGAAGAUAACAUUAGAUUUUUAUUUCUUGUAAAACGGUCUAAUUUACCUGUGUAGCCUAUAUCCUAAUUGGAUCUACAUUCUGCAUAUUAUUUUGUUUAGGAUUUUCUGAUAGCUGUCUGUUUUUACCUUAUUUUCAUAUUUUAAAUGAUUGUCAUUGAUAGUAGGAGUUUUGAGACAAGUUUCACAAUUGAAUUUCUCCUUUAUUUUGGCCAGGCAGGGGGAAGUUGUGACAGUUUCUGCCUUUUGCACUUAAUGCAAGAGUAAUCUGAAUGAUAAUCGACAAUGAUUGACACUAACAACAUGCACACAUCUGUUAUUACUACAGUCCUAGGGUAUAUUGAGCUGGAGUUAGUUUUUCCAUUGACACAACCUUUAAAACUGGCAAUAUCAGUGCCAAAACAUCAAGAUAAACAUUCUGCUUCUAUGCGCAGUAUUGUGCUCAGAUCCCCAAUCAGAUACUAGUCACAUUGGAUGUAUGGAGUUGCAAAUGACCUCCACCAAGGUUAGAAUCAACAUUGCUGACUGACUACAGUAUGACUAAUGGUGAUUGAUGUGUUUUGAUCCAUUUCCUUGUACAUAUGCACUAAAUUGACCCCCAUA